AUGGCACCCUUUCUCAAGCUUUUGCUCGGUGGCGGAGCUGCCUUUAUCUCCCCCAAAGCAUCUUCUUGGAAUUCAGCAACUACAGAGACAAUAAUAGGUGGCACUAUCUCCACAUCAUCUUAUUCAACCUCCCAAUUACUCGCGUCGUCCUCACAGACAUCAACCACACACAAUCAGGACCAACAAGCAAAUCUGGCGGAAGUUAUUUCGUUGUUGGGUGGUUCACCGACAAAUUUGCUCCGCCUAGAUUCUACUACAGAAGGUGUGAGAGGAGUUUAUCUAAACGAGAAUGUUUCCAAAGGGGAUGUCCUAUUGGAAAUACCGCUAGCUUCCUGUCUCCGAGAUGACGGAGAUCCGCCUUCUUGGCUGAUCGACCAACAGGAUACCGACAACAAAAAUAAUAAUGCCUACAGUCCCAUACAAAUUCAAGGCUGGGUGACUCGAUUGGCGGCACAGUUGCUGCAACUCCAGAGUCGUUGUGAGGAAGGUGACAAGAACAAAAACAUGGUAGAUGAUGAAAAUGAAUCAUCACUGCCAUCCGAGGGAUUACGCGCCUGGCUAAAACUCUUACCCGAGUCCCUUCGAGAUAGUCUUCCGAUCUAUUGGCCCGAAGAAGUGAUAAAAUCAACGGAUUGUCGCCCGUUGGAAUUGGCAGUGGACGCUGCUUUCUUUGCUCGGGCAGCACCCCUGUCAGACUUGGCCGCCAGUGGAAAAUCACAAGCACAAGUGGAACGGGCAUUGGAUUUGGUACAAACCAGAGCUUGUCGCUGUGCCACAUGGGAAGAAACAAACUCCGAUGAGAGCCUACUAGUAACGGGCACACCAGCUGUCGUACCGAGUAGUCGCCAGCAUAGCCAGGAACGAACCAAGGCCGAUUUGCGAGUCAUGGUACCCAUUUUCGACAUGAUCAAUCAUUCCUAUGAACACAAUGCUGAAUUCUUUCGAAAAGGGGAUUAUAUGAUAGUACGGGCCAAACAAGAUCUAACAGUCGACGAAGAGGUGCUCAUCAGCUAUGGGGCAAGUUCGACCACGCCCAUUUGGAGAUGCCUCUUCUCUUAUGGAUUUGUACCAUCGGUAGAUGACAUCUACGAAUAUAAUGUGGUCGAGAUAGCAUUGGAUGACUACUAUCGAUUUGAAGUAUCUCCUACAGAAAUUCCCUUUGAGUUGGUACAAUAUCAAGCCAAGAAACAAGGAAUUGCAGUGGACAAUCCAGAAGACAUCGAGUUUACGCCAGAAAUCGGAAAAGCUAUUGUGGAGCAACUGAGAGACUGCGCAAAGCGCUUGGAAGUGAGUCAGGGUAGUCGGGGCAGUAUGGAGAGUAGAAUUCGGUCGACUGAUUCUAUGCCACAGGAAACGAUGGAGCUAAUCAACUUAUUGAAAGAGUCUCAUCGACGAACAUUGCUAGCUUGUGCGGGUGGGUUGCAAGAAUACUUGGAGAACGAAUGA